AUGAGUGGAGACUUGAAGAGUAAGAAGUUGAUGGUUACGUACGAUGAAAGCACGAGUCGUGAAAAUAGAGAAGGCAAGUGCAACGAGAUUGUGCAAAGUAAAAGAAGAAGAAUUACCCACCUGAGGGGUGGAUUUUAUGAAGAUGAGAGUGUACUGGCUCCCCCGAUAUCAAUAUUGGAUGAUCCUAGAAGGACUAGAAAACGAAAGCCCUCGCCGAUGAAAUUACGACGAGAGAAGGAGGAGGCGUUCAAAUUAAAUUCUUACACAACACUCCGAAGGAAUCGAGAGGAAUUCCGGCGAAAUGUCGUGAGAAUGAUUCUUGAUCAAAAAUUGGAGGAAGAUCCGGGUGCAGAUAUCGAUGAGUAUAAAAUAACUCACGCCCAGGACACUGAGGAUCUAUUGAAAUAUUACUACUACAUCAUGCUGGGAAUUGAUGAUGUUCAUGUGGCUCCUAUAAAUUCAGACUUCCUCCAGGAGAUUCUCAGCCUCGUGCCGACCAAGUGGAAGUCUAGAUUCAAAAAUACCCUGGCCUGUGUUAUUGAUGAUGCGAGGGAGGAUUAUGCCAUGAGCUUGAAAAAAUCAAUAGUCGAUUUUGUCCUGCAGGAUCCACUCGAGGACGGAAUGAAGAUUCAAGACAAACAGGUGCAACACUGUCCGAAUAAUUAUAUAUAUAUUAAUACAUAAUUCUCCGUCAGAUACAAGAGGUCAAGGCAGAAACUCAAGAAGAAUUUAUAUCUCUAUCAUCCCUGCAUGAAGAAGGUCCUGGAAUUGUGGUACCAGGACUUCGAGGCUCUGAGAUUAAUCGAUAAAACCGAAUUGCUAGCCUCUAACGAGCCCUACGAUCUCUCCAGUUUCGAAUACACGUUUAAUUCCAUGGUGAAGAGGACUAUAGACAAACUCUGCCGAAUUUGGCUGCCAAAAUUGAUGAAUAUCGUGACAGUGGCGAAGAGGAAGGGUCAAUUACCAGCCGAGAGUGAUGAACAGAGUAUUACAAAAUUUUUCAAUUGCCUUGCGAUUGUCAUGGAGAGCCAGCUCUGCAAUUUGUGUCUCAAUUCAAUGGAAGAUUAUGUGGAAUUUCUCAUAAAAGUUGCGCACAUAAAUUGCAGCUUCAACGUGAAUGUUGUGGUGAGGAGUAAGACUAUUGGAUUCGAUCCCUCAUUCAAAGCAUUUACGGAUGCAUUACUCUCAUUACUGGGAUCACUUUAUCAAGCUGUUUGCGGAUAUCCGAGAAUAGAUUAUUCGUGCUCUCAUUAAUCGUGAAAUAUUUGAUAAUCAGAUAUUCAUGAAUAUUUAUAGCCGAUAAUUUUGGAGGAAAUUCUGGAUAAAUACAAAAACCAAAUAAUUGAAGUCGUUCAAGAACACAGAAUUGGCCCCGAGUUGCAAAUCCAAAAUUUCGAUAAAUACGUGACAUUGAUAAACGAAGUGGAUGAGGAUUUGGUAAAAAAAUUUCUAAUGGCCGAUCCACCCCGAACUUUCGACGAAUACUCGAAACUCAUCGACAAGUACGAUAAACUCGCGAAAAAUAUUCCAGUGGAAUUCGAUCGUACUUUCUUCAGCGGAAUUUUUGAUGUGCAUCGAGAGGAUUUCAUGGAGUACAUGUCAAGAAUUGCCAAUUUACUGAAGGGCAAUCUCGUCGAUAAAAUGAUAGCGGAUUAUCAAUCAAAGUCCAGGAUCAUCGGAGAGGAUUAUGAGAAUAUAGCGGAGCGAGCUCUCGGUGUUCCCGCCAACACAAAAGAACUAAUGGCGCUGAAGGAAUUCGUCGCUAAAGCUCAAACAGAGAUGCUCCUCGACUUGGAAAAUCGAUUGAGAGGAGUCAUAAAGUACGUUCAAUUCUUGUCGGAUUACACGCUGCUCACUCCUGUUGAAUUGAAGACCAAUAAUUUUGCAUUUGGAUGGUAUCAUCGAAUGGCUUCGAUCUUCGAAGAACACUUGAAAAUAAUCGACUCGAAAAAGGGUGAGUAUCAAGAGGCCCUUCUGUCACGAAUUGACAAGUUCCACAGUGACUUAAAAAUCUGGGAGAAAUACUGCGACGAGAUGCAGUACUGGGGCAGCGUUGACGAAAUAUUCCGCUAUAAGAAAAAAGCGACGAGCCUGGAAAAUCGCCUGGUGGGUGCCAUGGACACGAUCGAUUCGUUCAACGAGGAGGAACAGAUGUUCGGUUGGGAGUUAUCGCAGUAUCCAUUGCGCAAAAAAAUCGCUGACAAGCUGUCACCGUACAAAAAAUUUUAUGAUGUAGCCUGCGAUUUCAUCUCCCAACACCACACGUGGAUGACAUCGAUGAUCGGCAGCCACGAUCCAGAGACCAUCGAGACAGACUCUGGAACAGCUUAUCGAACAGUUUUCAAGCUGGAAAAAAUAUUCCAGGAACCGGCAGUUCGAAAACUCGCGGAGACCGUGAGAAUUCAAAUAGAGGAGUUUCGAGAGCACAUGGCACUGAUAGCUAAUCUCGGAAAUCCAGGAAUGAAGAACAGACAUUGGACUCAAGUCUCCGAGAUCGUGGGCUUUCCUAUUAAAGUCGACGAGAACAUGACGCUCGCUAAAAUAAUAGACUUUGGUCUGGAUGAGUACGUGUCGAAAUUCGAGGGGAUAUCCGAAGCUGCCACAAAGGAGAGCAAUCUCGAGAAGGCUCUCCUCAAGAUGCAUGAUGACUGGACACCAAUUGAAUUUAUUGUCAAUCCAUACAGAGACACCGGGACAUACGUAAUAGCGAGUGUCGAUGAGAUUCAGCUGCUGCUGGACGAUCACCUGACGAAAGCCCAAACCAUGAAGAACUCUCUCUACAUAAAGCCUUUCGAGAAGGAGACAUUAGAGUGGGAAGCCAAAUUAUAUCUACUCCAGGAUAUAAUGGACUACUGGUUGAAAGUACAGGCAACCUGGAUGUAUCUAGAACCCAUAUUUUCAUCUCCAGACAUUCAACAACAAAUGCCAGAAGAGGGUCGACGAUUUAGCGCUGUCGACAAAAUAUGGCGUGACAUAAUGAACUCGGUAAUGCAAGAUCCAAGAGUAAUGUCUGUCGUAGAGAUUGAUAAGAUGUUGGACAGACUGAAAAAAUGUACGGGUCUCCUUGAUCUAAUUCAAAAAGGUCUCAAUGACUACUUGGAGAAGAAACGACUCUUCUUUCCGAGAUUCUUCUUCCUAUCGAACGACGAACUACUCGAGAUUCUUUCUGAGACUAAAGACCCGACGCGGGUUCAACCGCACUUAAAAAAAUGCUUCGAGGGCAUCGCUAAAUUAGCAUUCACGGAGGAGAUGGAGGUGACAACGAUGGAGUCAUCGGAGGGGGAAAUGAUAAUACUGGAAGAUAAGAUUGAUACAGCGAGUGCUCGGGGACAGGUGGAAAAGUGGCUCGUGGAGUUAGAGACGGAUAUGAAAAAGAGCAUCAAGGCUCAGGUAAUCCGAGCGAAGGAUGCUUACCUUGGAAAGAAACGGUCUCAAUGGGUGCUUGACUGGCCCGGUCAAACGAUUCUCUGUGUUGGUCAAUUGUAUUGGACCUCUGAUGUUACGGAAGCUUUUCCACACGGUUUAGAUGCACUCAAGGCCUACGUCGACGUGUGCAAUGAAGAGCUCAAUAAGAUAAUCAUUCUUGUUCGAGGAAAACUAUCGACCCAGAAUCGAACGACAUUGGAAGCUCUAGUGACGUUGGAUGUUCACUCAAGAGACGUUACUGUUGAUUUGUGGGAGAAACAAGUAAUGAGAGCAACUGACUUCAAAUGGCUCUGUCAAUUGAGAUACUACUGGCUCGAGGACAACAUGAUUACCAUGAUGAUUAAUUCCUCCCUGAAAUACGGAUAUGAGUACCUUGGGAAUAGCGGACGUCUGGUUAUCACACCUCUCACUGAUCGUUGCUACAGAACUCUUUUUGGUGCCCUAGCUUUGAAUCUGGGAGGCGCUCCAGAGGGGCCCGCGGGCACCGGAAAAACCGAGACAACUAAAGACUUGGCGAAAGCCAUCGCCAAACAAUGCGUUGUCUUCAAUUGUUCUGACGGUCUAGACUAUAUAGCAUUGGGAAAAUUUUUCAAAGGACUGGCUGCCUCUGGGGCUUGGUCCUGCUUCGAUGAAUUCAAUCGAAUUGACUUGGAAGUUCUGUCGGUCGUUGCCCAACAAAUUCUCACUAUCCAACGCGCCAUUCAAGCAAAGAAGACUAAACUUGUUUUCGAGGGGACUGAAUUAAAUUUGGAUCCGACUUGUGCAGUUUUUAUCACGAUGAAUCCGGGGUAUGCGGGACGCUCGGAGUUACCGGAUAACUUGAAGGCAUUAUUCCGAUCCGUUGCCAUGAUGGUUCCCGAUUAUGGUCUCAUUGCUGAAAAUACUCUUUACUCCUACGGCUUCUACAAUGCUCGUCCUCUCUCUGUAAAAAUCGUAAUGGCGUAUCGAUUGUGCUCGGAACAACUGUCGAGUCAAAGCCACUACGACUAUGGGAUGAGAGCAGUCAAGUCCGUUCUCGUUGCCGCAGGUAAUCUCAAAUUGAAAUAUCCACAAGAGAGUGAGGAUAUUCUGAUGCUUCGUAGCAUAACAGACGUCAAUCUCCCGAAGUUCUUGAGUCACGAUUUACCUUUGUUCCAAGGCAUUACUUCAGAUCUCUUUCCCAAUGUUGUCCUUCCAGAGUCCGACUACACAGAUCUCAACAGCUGCAUCUUUGAGGCAUGUAAGACAGCCAAUAUUCAAUGUGUACCAGUUUUUCUCGAGAAGAUUCAACAGAUCUACGAGAUGAUGAUCGUUCGACAUGGUUUUAUGAUUGUGGGAUAUCCAUUCGGAGGCAAGACCGAGGCCUACAAGAUGCUGGCUGCCGCCUUAGAAAUUUGUGAACAGAGAAAUCUCAUUAACGAACACAAAGUUGAAAUAACUGUAAUAAAUCCAAAAUCAAUAACAAUGGGACAACUCUACGGACAAUUCGAUCCAGCUUCCCACGAAUGGAGUGAUGGUGUUCUAGCGAUCAGCUACAGAACAUUCGCGGUUUCAACGAAUAGCAAUCGAAAAUGGUUGAUAUUCGAUGGACCUAUCGACGCAGUAUGGAUAGAGAACAUGAACACAGUUCUAGAUGAUAAUAAAAAACUGUGCCUGAUGAGCGGCGAGAUAAUACAAUUAGCUAAAACAACUAAUUUAAUUUUUGAACCGAUGGACUUGGAAGCGGCUUCACCAGCUACAGUCUCCCGGUGCGGUAUGAUCUACAUGGAGCCCGUUGCUCUCGGCUGGGAGCCACUCCUUCAAUCCUGGUUGGAAACCCUUCCUCCUCUUGUCACCAGUUUCUUGAAGACGUUCCUCUACGACUCAUUGUUCCUUCGCUUCUGCAGGCCCCUUUUCCAUCUUCUUCGGAGGGGUGGAUUGAAAGAGAUGUGCCCAAUGCCAGACGCCAAUCUUCUACGAUCCAUAACUUAUCUGAUGGAUUGCUUCAUCGAUGACUACCGAGAGGAUGAUCCAGAGAAGGAAGUAUCGAUUCCCAGUGAGCUUGAUUUGAGAGCUCAACUCGAGGGCUCGUUCUUCUUCUCUUGCAUAUGGGCAAUGGGUGGAACUCUGGAGGCCAAUCACCGUGAAAAAUUCAGCAUUUUAUUCCGAGGGCUUCUUGAGAAGGAAUUUCCUCAGAGUUUAGCUGAUUUGUUUCAACUUCCAGACGUCGUUCAACCACCGAUCAAGCCUUACAUAUUCGUAAUGCCCAAGGACGGAAUAGUAUUUGAUUAUCGAUUCAUUCGAGAGGGCAAGGGCAAGUGGAAGCUGUGGUCCGAUGAAUUGAUGAAUGCUCCCCCCAUACCCCGUGACGUACCAGUAAAUCAGAUUAUUGUGCCGACCGUCGAGACUAUCAGAUAUACUACGCUGUUUCAAUUACUCGUCCAGCAUUCAAAGCCUGUGCUGUUUGUCGGCCCGACUGGCACCGGAAAGUCGGUUUACAUCAUUGAUUUUCUCCUUAAGAGAAAUGAUACUCUUAAGUUUAAACCGCUGUUUAUCAAUUUCUCGGCCCAAACGUCGGCGAAUCAGACCCAGGACAUUGUAAUGAGUAAAUUAGACAAGAGGAGAAAGGGAGUUUAUGGUCCACCGAUUGGUAAACGAUGGGUUGUUUUUGUAGAUGAUGUAUCGAUGCCAUUGAAGGAGACGUAUGGGGCGCAACCGCCGAUCGAACUUCUGCGGCAAUUAUUGGACCACGGCCAGUGGUAUGAUAGGAAGGAGAAGAACCCUUUAAAGCUCAUCGAGGUUCAGCUGAUGUGCGCAAUGGGACCUCCCGUCAGCGGGGGAAAGGAUGUAACCCCGAGAUUCAAGAGACACUUCUUCACCCUCGCCAUUUCGGAGUUCGAGGACCAAGUGAUGACCACUAUUUUCAGUAAAAUUGUGCUUUGGCAUUUGGACACGAGGGGUUUCAGCAAGGAAUUUGAUCCUUGCAUUGAUCAAGUCGUGAUGGCAACGCUGGAUAUUUAUAAAGAGAGUUUGAUCAAUCUUUUGCCAACUCCAUCCAAGUCCCAUUAUUUGUUCAAUAUGAGGGACUUCUCGAGAGUCAUCCAGGGAGUGCUGUUGUCUGUUCCAGAAUCUAUGCCGACGCUGGCCAACAUGAAACGACUGUGGGUCCAUGAGAUUCUGAGAGUAUUCGGGGAUAGAUUGGUCGAUGAGGUGGACAUCCAAUGGCUGAUCAAACAGCUCAGGACAACCGUGGAGAAGCGAAUGGACGGCAACUUCGAUGCCCUCUUCGAGGAUUUGGGGAGCGCACCCAUCGGAGAAGUUGAACUGAGAAAGCUUGUUUUCUGUGAUUUUCUGGAUCCCAAAGCUGACACCCGCUUGUAUCAAGAGAUCCCGGAUCUUGAGCUUCUCCGGUCGAUCGUCGAGGGGUAUCUGAUUGAGUACAAUUCAAUGACGAAGAAGCCGAUGAAUCUCGUACUCUUCAGAUUCGCUAUAGAGCAUUUAUCCAAGAUAGCGAGGAUCAUCAAGCAACCGAGAAGUCAUGCCCUUCUUGUCGGUGUCGGUGGUUCAGGAAGACAGUCAUUAUCGAAAUUAGCUUCUCACAUCUGCGAGUACGAUCUCUUCCAGGUGGAGAUUAGCAAGCAAUAUGGUGUUCACGAGUGGCACGAGGAUCUGAAGAUGAUCCUGAAGAAGACAACAGCUACUGAGCUUCAUUCAACUUUCCUAUUCACUGAUAGCCAGUUGAAAAAAGAGAGCUUCCUGGAGGAUAUCAGUAACAUGUUGAACUCCGGUGAAGUGCCAAAUCUUUUCAAUACCGAUGAAAAAGCCGAGAUUUGCGAGAAAAUGCGACAGAUCGAUCGCCAACGAGAACGGGCCAACCAAACAGAUGGAAGUCCCGUCGCUCUGUUCAAUUUAUUUGUACAAAUAGCACGUGAUCAAUUGCAUAUAGUGGUGGCCAUGUCACCGAUUGGCGAUGGCUUUCGAAACCGAGUGAGAACAUUCCCCGCCCUCGUCAACUGUUGCACGAUCGAUUGGCUCCAGCCAUGGCCAGAGGAUGCACUACUUGCUGUUGCAACGAGAUUCCUGGGGGAAAUUAAACUGUCGGAUCAUGAGAGGAAGGCUGGCAUCGAUAUGUGCCAGUAUUUUCAUGUGUCAACGCAAGAAUUGAGUGAGGAAUUUCGAAUUCGACUGGGGAGAUUUAAUUAUGUCACACCCACGUCCUAUUUAGAGAUGAUUAAUACUUUUAAAGAUCUUUUGGAUAAUAAGAGGAAGGAAAUAAUGCUGGCGAAAACAAGGUACGAAGGUGGUUUGGAUCGUUUGGACUCGACUCAACACCAGGUGACUGAGAUGCAGGAGACCCUCAAAGGUCUGCAGCCACUUCUUGUAACAGCAGCUCAAGAUGUGCAGAGAAUUCUCGCAACAGUGGAGAAAGAAUCCUCGGAAGUUGCCGAGGUAGAAAAAAUUGUAAAGGUAGAUGAGGAAGCUGCGAUGGUGGUUGCGAGCGAAGCUGAGGAGAUAAAAGCAGAGUGCGAUGCCAAUUUGGCAGAUGCAUUGCCAAUCCUCAAUGCAGCUCAAGCCGCCCUGAAUACCCUCACACCAGCUGAUAUAUCCAUUGUGAAGACCAUGAAAAAUCCACCCGCAAACGUCAAACUCGUAAUGGAGAGUAUCUGCAUCCUCAAGGAAAUGAAACCUGAGAAGGUCCAGGGACCCGAUGGAAAAUCAGUCGAUGAUUAUUGGAAAGUCUCUAUGAAAAUUUUGAGUGACGCCAAAUUUUUGGAUUCUCUCAUAAAUUUUGAUAAGGAUAACAUCCCUGAAAAGGUUAUCGACAAGAUCAAGAAGGAUUAUCUAACGAAUCCAAACUUCGAUCCGGAAAAAGUUAAGACAUCGUCGACAGCAUGCGAAGGUUUAUGCAAAUGGGUGUACGCCAUCACGGAGUAUGACAAAGUUGCGAGGGUAGUUGCACCCAAGAAGAAAGCCCUGGCCGAGGCGCAGCAAGUUUAUAACGAGGCCAUGGAUAAAUUGGAUGCCAAGCGAGCGCAGUUGGCCGAAGUUCAGGCGAAACUGGCGAUACUCGAGGCGAAUUUGUCAUCGAAAAAAGCCGAUUAUCAAGGGAUGAUUGAUAAAGUUGCGGACUGCGAGCAAAAACUCAAACGAGCGGAGGAAUUGAUUGGAGGGCUCGGGGGAGAAUACACGAGGUGGUCAGAGAGUGCUAAAGAACUGGGUGAAAGAUACGAGAAACUUACUGGUGACGUAAUAAUAGCCUCUGGCAUCGUUGCCUACUUGGGUGUCUUCACCACGCCCUAUCGUAUAAAACAAAUAAAAAAUUGGGUCUCGCGUUGUCAAAGUCUUGACGUCAUCUGCACAGAAGAUUUCUCCCUAAAAGAUGUUCUAGGAGAUCAAGUCCUGAUUCGUUCUUGGAUAAUUGCCGGUCUACCUAGCGACAGCUUCUCCAUAGAUAACGGAAUAAUAAUUAAGAAUGCAAGACGCUGGCCACUAAUGAUAGAUCCCCAGGGUCAAGCUAACAAAUGGGUCAAGAACAUGGAGAAGACCAACAACAUGAGUAUAAUCAGACUCACACAACCGGACUAUCCCAGAGUACUGGAGAAUGCCAUUCAGUUCGGACAGCCGAUUCUUUUGGAGAACGUGCCAGAAGAUCUCGACGCCAUGCUCGAACCCGUUCUUCUCAAACAGACAUUCAAACAAGGUGGUGCGCUUUGCAUCAAACUGGGUGACUCUGUCGUUGAGUACAGUAUGAGUUUCCGUCUCUACAUCACGACGAAACUUGGGAAUCCCCAUUAUCUACCAGAAAUCGCAGUCAAAGUGACGCUUCUCAACUUUGUGAUAACACCCAGUGGUCUUGAAGACCAACUUCUGGGGAUCGUCGUGGCAAAAGAGAGGCCCGAUCUCGAGGCAGAGAAGAAUUCGUUGAUUAUACAAGGAGCAGCCAACAAAAAACUCUUAAAGGAAACCGAAGACAAAAUUUUGGAGGUGCUAUCCGUGUCCGAGGGGAAUAUUCUUGAGGACGAGGAGGCGAUCGGUGUCCUCACCUCAUCGAAAAUCCUCAGCAAUGAUAUUCAAGCAAAACAAGCUGCUGCUGAAGUCACGGAAAAAUCAAUCGAUACCACGAGAUUGCAAUACACACCGAUCGCCGAAUACUCGACUAUUCUUUUUUUCGCGAUAGCUGUUCUAUCGAAUAUCGAUCCCAUGUACCAGUACUCGCUCGUUUGGUUUGUUAAUCUCUUCAAGGCCUCUAUCGACAACACUGGACAAGCUGAGACUGUGGAAUUGAGGCUUGCCGAUCUCAGAAAGCAUUUUACGUACUCCUUAUAUGUUAAUGUCUGUCGUUCUCUCUUUGAGAAGGAUAAACUCCUGUUCUCCAUGCUUCUGGCAAUUAAUCUGCGGGAUAAAUUGGGUACUGGGGUACCUCCAGUUCAGUGGAUGUUUCUGCUGACUGGGGGAGUUGGCCUGGAUAAUCCACACGUUAAUCCCUGUAGUUGGAUGCCGGUUAAACUGUGGGAUGAACUCUGUCGGUUGGAUGAUGUUCAGGGGUUUAAAGGAAUCCGAGAGUCUUUCAUUAAAAACAACAACGCAUGGAAAGUUUUCUUCGAUGCUAAAGAGCCCCAGGUGGUUCCAAUUCCUUCCCCAUUCGAUGAGUUAACGGGGUUGGAAAAACUACUGGUGCUACGAUGUGUACGACCUGAUAAAGUCGUGCCGGCUGUGCAGAAUUUUGUGGAGUCCGAGCUUGGCCAUCAAUUCAUCGACCCACCGCCGUUCGAUUUAGCAUCAUCCUACGCAGAUUCAAACUGCGCUGUCCCUUUGAUAUUUAUAUUAACCCCCGGGGCUGAUCCCGCACAGGUGUUAUUGAAAUUUGCUGAUGACCAGGGAUUUGGGUCAAGUCGAUUGUUUUCGUUGUCGCUGGGACAGGGUCAAGGACCGAUCGCAGAAGAACUAAUAAACAAUGGUGUCCGUUAUGGCCACUGGAUAGUUCUCCAGAAUUGUCAUCUAGCUAAAAGUUGGAUGGGUACCCUGGAGAAAAUCUGCGAGGGUCUCGUACCCGAUACUAUUCAUCCGGACUUUCGCCUGUGGCUGACAAGUUAUCCCGCUGAUCACUUCCCAGUUACUGUCCUCCAGAACAGUAUAAAAAUGACUAAUGAACCGCCCAAAGGUUUGCGAGCCAAUAUCAUCAGGUCUUAUCUCAGUGACCCGAUCUGUGAGCCUGAUUUUUUCGAGUCCUGCAAGCAAUCGAUGGAGUUCAAGAAACUUCUGUACUGUUUGUGCUUUUUUCACGCUAUUGUCCAGGAGAGGAGGAAAUUCGGACCGAUCGGUUGGAACACACCCUACGAGUUCAAUGAGACUGAUCUCAGGAUCAGUGUCUUGCAAUUGAAUAUUUUUUUGAAUCAAUACGAUGAUGUGCCCUUCGAAGCACUCAGGUACCUCACGGGAGAGUGUAAUUAUGGAGGAAGAGUCACUGAUGCGUGGGACAGACGAACUCUCAAUACAAUUCUAGGCCAAUAUUAUAGCGACGGAGUCAUUGAUGAAGAUAAGUAUUACUUCGACGAGACAACAGACGCUUAUUAUUGUCCAGCUGCUAAGGAACACGAGGCCUAUAUGGAUUACACUAAAAAAUUGCCUCUCAUCACUGCACCCAGUGUUUUUGGAAUGAACGAUAAUGCGGAUAUUAUUAAGGAUCAACAGGAGACUGAUUUACUGUGUUUUUCACUUCUUCUCACUCAGGAAACGUCAAAAACAACGGGAAGUGGUGAAAUGUCGCCCGACGAGGUGAUAUUCUCAGUUGCAGGAGACAUACUGAGUAAACUCCCUAAGAACUUUGAUCUCGUUGAAGCCCUCGAGAAAUACCCAACAUCCUACAAUCAAAGCAUGAAUACAGUUUUAGUUCAGGAGAUGGGUCGAUUCAAUAAGCUGCUGAGUUGCAUCAGAACGAGUCUCGCCAACGUGCAGAAGGCGAUCAAAGGACUGAUUGUCAUGUCGUUGGAGCUGGAAGAAGUGGCGGAUGCCAUUUUGAAAGGGAAAAUUUCGGCUCUCUGGAUGAAAAAUUCCUAUCCAUCACUCAAGCCUCUGGGAAGUUAUGUCAAUGAUUUUUUGCAGAGAUUGCACUUUCUGCAGAAAUGGUUCGAGGAUGGACCUCCAACGACUUACUGGGUCUCAGGAUUUUAUUUCACCCAAGCAUUUCUCACGGGGGCGAUACAAAAUUUUGCGAGGAAAUAUCACAUACCAAUCGAUUUGCUAGUCUAUGACUUUGUCUUUCUCAAGAAAAGUUCUUUCGACGAACCACCUGAUGACGGUGUCUACGUUUAUGGGCUUUUCCUGGAUGGUGCCAGGUUCGAUAGGGAGAAAAUGAUCCUCGAGGAAAGCUUUCCCAAGAUACUUUACGAUGAAGUGCCUUUUAUCUGGCUGGUGCCCAUGAAACGUGGGGAUCUCCCAACAAAUCAGACGUAUACGAGUCCAGUGUAUAAAACAAGCGAACGCAGAGGAGUUUUAUCGACUACUGGGCACUCCACAAAUUUUGUUAUUGCCCUGAGAAUUCCUACAGUUAAAUCCGAAGAGCACUGGAUCAUCAGAGGAGUGGCGAUGCUUUGCCAACUGUCUCAAUAAAUUCCACCUAAUGUCAUAGCUAGUCACCAAUAUUUACCAAUUAACCCAAUUUUGUAAAAUAUUUUCUUUACUUGCCGCCAAAUCUAGAUAGCGAAUGUCAAUACCUCGAAUUGCCACAUGAGGUGGCCAAUUGCAUUUUUUCAUGUGUUUAGCUAAGAAAAUAAA